AUGGCGCUGCGGCUGUUCCCUACUGCGACAUACUUCGCGAAGGGUGACGACGACACGUUCCUGCGCGUGCCGCAGUACCUCGCUGACCUGCGCUCACUGCCUCGCCGCGGGGUGUAUUGGGGAUUGCCAGUUGGUGCAACUGCACAAAAGGGGAAUGUUACUCACAAGUUUCAUUACUUCUCCGGGAUGUGCUACACUCUUGCGAGGGAUGUGGUGCAGCAGCUUGUGUCGUUUAAGCCUGUGCGACGGCUGGUGCAUGUGCCGUAUACCAAAAGGAAUGAAGCGGCGUUUCUCUACUUCAACAUGCAACAUGAGGAUGUGAUGGUGGGGCAGAUACUACGGCUGGAGGUGCGAUACCCAGCUUUAGUGAUUGUGGCGGACUGCUGGAUUCGUUUUCACAUUGGGCGAGACCGAGCAGGGAAGCUACGAGCUAAAUUUACGUCGGUUGCACUUCACUUUCCACCGGAAUAUAGUUAUGGGACGCUAAUGGAUUUAUUCGGCGAUGACACCUUGCAGAGUACAGUGUUGUGGAAGUGGCGCUAUCCUGGGCUUAUUAAAUUCUUUUGUUAA